AUGUUUCGUGCACAAGCUGCCGGGCCGUUUGACGAUGUCGUCGCCAAAGCGACCGACGAGAACCUCACCUCAGAGGACUGGGGCGCCAUCAUCGAGGUGUGCGACAAGGUCACCGGUGAUCCCAACGGGGCCAAGGAGGCCGUCCAGAGCAUGAUCAAACGCCUUGCACACCGUAAUGCGAACGUACAGCUGUAUACUCUGGAGCUUGCCCACGCCCUGUGCCAAAACUGUGGAAAGCCCAUGCACCGCGAAGUUUCCAGUCGAGCCUUUACCGAUGCCCUUCUCAAGCUGGCGAAUGACCGAAACACCCACUCCCAGGUCAAGGCCAAGAUCCUCGAGAAGAUGAGGGAGUGGGCCGAUAUGUUCAGCAGGGAUCCCGAGUUGGGCGUCAUGAACGAUGCCUACCAUCGUCUCAAGCAGACCAACCCGACGUUGCAACCCCCCAGCGCACCGCAGAAGCAGGGCCUCACCGACGCCGACAGACGGAAGGAGGAGGAUGAGCUGCAGAUGGCUUUGAAACUCAGCUUGCAGGAGGAGGAGCGGAAGAAGACGACACCGCAAGCGGGGCCCAGCACGCAGAGCGGCGGUAGCAGCCAGCAAGAAUCCACCCCGGCGCCGGCAGUCUCUGCUGGCACCACGGCUGCAACCGUAAGCAGGGUGCGAGCCUUGUACGACUUUGUGCCAUCCGAGGCUGGCGAGCUUGAAUUCAAGAAGGGAGAUGUGAUUGCUGUCCUGGAAAGCGUCUACAAGGACUGGUGGCGAGGCUCUCUCAAGGGCAACACGGGCAUUUUCCCGCUCAACUAUGUCGAGAAGUUGACGGACCCUACGCCUGACGAACUGCAGAGAGAGGCCCAGAUGGAGGCCGAGGUGUUUGCUGAGAUUAAGAACGUGGAGAAGCUCCUUACGCUGCUGAGCGCGUCCAACACUGCUCCUCGGGAAGAGGACAACGAGGAGAUUUCGAAACUAUAUCACCAGACUCUGGCCAUCCGGCCAAAGCUCAUUAAGCUCAUCGAAAAGUACUCGCAGAAGAAGGAUGAUUUUACUCAGCUCAACGAAAAAUUCAUCAAGGCUCGAAGAGACUAUGAAGCCCUGCUGGAGUCUUCCAUGUCUCGCCCUCCUCAACACAACUACCAACAAUACGCCAUGCGCCCGGCCGCUCCAGGCCAAGGUUAUCCUGGUCCUGGCGGUGGAUAUCCCCAGGGACCGCCGCUCCAGGACCCUUACUACAACCAAGCACCUCCGUCCGACCACCCUCACUAUCAAGCUAGCUCUCCGCCUCCUCCUCACAGCUUCCCGUCCCAGGGCGCCUCGGCUCCCUUCUACGUCGCCGGAGCAGAAGUGCCAUCACAGCCUCCUGGCGCCCACCCCCAACAACAGCAGCAGCCUCAGCAACAUCCAUCAAGAGAUGACACGCCCAGUCUCGGACCAGGUGCCGGGAAGCAGCCGGGACCCGUGAACCCGUCUUCACCCCCCCCGCAGUCCUUUACGCCUUACCCCCCGCAGCCUCCUCAGCAGAACACGGCUCCCUACUCCCAGAUUCCCGGCCAACAACGACCACAGAGCACGUACGGCGCACAGGAACUCGCCACUUCGGUCUACGACUCCCCCAUUGCACCACCGCACAACCCCAGCUCGGCACCCUUUGGGCAACAGCAGUACCAUUCCUUCAACUCUCCUGAGCAGGCCCCCCCUCCAACAACCUCCAUGUCCCCUGAGCCAUUGCAGGCCGGUGGCACUGCGUACGAUGCUCGCCACGGACUGCCAAGCCAGGCUGCGCCGGAGGCUCAUGCCUCGCAGCCGCAGUAUAAGCCGUACGUGCCGCCUGGAGAUGGAACGUCACCGAACGAUUACUACCGACAGGGGAAUCUGUAUUAG